AGAGGCUGCCGUCGCGCCGUGCGCGGGUGAGACGUCGCGCGUGCGCAGUCUCCCCUCCCAGCGGCCUGCCGGAAGCCAAGAUGGCGCGCAUCUGGUCUCCGGGUCGAGGUUGGCGCCUUCGCAGUGUCUGAACUGAGUAGUUUGGAAGCGGCUGUGGCAAACGUCCUGUCUGCCGUCAUGGCCCGGCAUCGGAAUGUCCGAGGCUAUAACUACGACGAAGAUUUUGAGGAUGAUGAUUUCUAUGGCCAGUCUGUAGAGGAUGAUUAUUGUAUUUCGCCAUCAACAGCUGCUCAGUUUAUCUAUUCACAGCGUGACAAGCCUUCUGUUGAUGAGCCUGUAGAGGAGAGUUACUAUGAUGAUCUGAAAGACUCUUCUAAUUCCCUUUCACACCAACAGCUAAGUGGACUUGACCAAGCUCGGCUUUAUUCCUGUCUUGAUCACAUGAGAGAGGUGCUGGGAGAUGCUGUGGCUGAUGACAUACUGGUUGAAGCAGUGCUGAAGAGCAAAUUUGAUGUGCAGAAGGCUUUGUCAUUUGUUCUGGAACAGGAUAAUGUGCCAAAUUUGAAGGACAAGAGUGGGAGAGUAAUGUCUACAAGAAAGAUACCCAAAGGAGUCUUAUUUUCUUCCCCUAAAGAUUUAGCUGCUAAAAUUCAGAGUUCUUAUCCUCAGUCAGAAAAUCAUUUGGAUUGUGCUAGCAAAUCCUUUGACUUUUCUAGCUCAGUAGCAAAAGAUGGAUCUUACAAUUCUUCACUUGUACCAGGUCAAUAUUUACUUCAUAGGAAAAAGAAUCUUGACAGACCUAAAAGUGAAAAGGAACUAGAAUUAUGUAAGUUACCACAAGGGCUUUCACUAGCUGACCUAACUCACAAUAUGCCAACAGAUUCUUGUAAGCGUCAGCCACCAGUAAGACUGUCAUCCACAGCUAGUUUGCGGAGUGUGCUUUCAAAGAAUGUAGAUGCUGAUUUGUUAAGACCUCAUGCAUCUGAAUGUGUUUCCAAAGAUAAUUUUGCUUUCAAAGGAAUACCCGAUUUAAAGUCCUUAAUGAUAGGUUGUACAACAGACAAUAAUGUAUUGAUUCGAAACAGUUCACCACCUGAUUCCCAGGGUAUUCCUGCACAAAACAAGCUGGGAAGUUUGAAUCAUCCUUUGUACUUACCUAGCUCAUUGGAAAAAAAUAUAACUCUUGAUAAUUUAAACCCUAGUAAAAAGGCUGAAGUUGGAAAUGUUUCUUUAGUUGAACAAAGUGCCAAGAAAAAUGACAGUUCGCAGUUUUCACACUGUGAAAAUCCAUCCCUGGUUGAACUGUUUCAGGAACACAAAGAAAAUGAUCCAAACCAGUGCUUUAGUUUAUCUGAUCUUUGUAAUCAGUCUUCUGCCAGUUUUACAGAUCUAAGUUUGGGAUCCUUUCCCCUGUCACAGUUAGCAAAUCGUUGUCAGUCUUCUAGUGGAAUAUCAGAAUUAACAGGAUCUUUAUCAUCUUUGGCAUUUCAUAAAGCUUCUCCUACAAGAGACUUUGAGAAUUUGUCCCUUUCUGAUUUGAUUGCAGAAACCAUUGAUGUAGACAGUGCUCAGGUUAAGAAAGAUCCCUUUGACGCCAGGUUAUCUGAAAUGAAGUCUUCUGGAAUAGAUUCAAAUAUUGAUCUUAGUGUCCUGAUAAAAACUCCAGAUUUUGUUACAAAGCCUAGAGUUGACCAAUUGAUUUCUCCAACAUCAGGAACUAAAGUUCUGAGUUCAAAGUUAGGGAAAAAUGUCAAUUCUUUUAAGGAUAACAAGAAACACAAUAAAGGCUGUCUGACCAGGACACCACCUUUUUCUGUCUCUUGGACCAAAGCCCUUGCUGCUAGACCUUCUGCUUUUGCUUCAACGCUGUGUCUUCGUUACCCACUGAAAAGCUGCAAGCGGCAUACCCUUGACCUCUAUAAGGCUUUUCUUUAUAGUAGACAAGUUCAAGAUGUAAAGGACAAAGAAAUAAGCCCCCUUGUAGCAAUCACACCAUUUGACUUCAAAUCAGCCUCUCCUGAUGACAUUGUAAAAGCUAAUCAAAAGAAAGCAUUUACUAGAGAAUAGUAACAAAAGGAAAACCUGGUAAUCGUUGUAGAGCCUUUUAUUUUAACUUAAAAGUCAUUAUAGGAUCACUUUAUAUUGUGGUUUUUAUUAAAAUUGUCUUAAGUCAGUUGAAAACAACUUAAGUUGAUACUGGAUUUUUGCACUGAAAAUUUUUAACUCUGUCUUCUUUUAGUGAUAACUGGCUUUAUUUGUGUUGAUAGCCCAUAAUGAGUGUAUGUUUACAAAGUGCAUAUGGCAACUUGAUAUUAUGAAGUUGAACCCCAAAUAUUUUUGUUUGGCAUUCAACUUUAGUAAGUUUUUAUGAGGUAUUUUCUCCUACAAAAUAUUUUUGUGCUUUUUUCCCUUAAAAAUGUCACCACCCGGGAUUGUUAAUUAUAAAGAUUAUUCUUAUAAUAUGUGGCAUAGCAAUGUUGAUAUAUAAUUAUAUUUUAAAAUGUUCUUGGUAUACUUUCCAAUGUCAUUAUUUUUCUGUAGAUGAAUACUAAGUCUUUUCUAUUAGAAAAUCUUAAAAUUCCUAGCAUUUGGAAGUAUUAUGGUUAUGGUUGAAAUACAUUUUUGAUGGUAAUAAAAUGAAAAUCAAAAUUUUAAGGGACCAUAUAAAUAUAAAGUUGGAUUAAUACAUAAACUAUUUUUAUACAUUUUUAAAAUCACUUUCCAUAAAAACAAAUAUUGUUUAAAAAUAAAUACAGGAUGUGUUUUCAAAUAUGAUUGCAUAUUCUUUGGAUAGACAGUUUUAUCAGAUCUCUUAACUUUACAAUAAAUAACAAAAUACGGAGUUUUCAUUUUUGCUGCUAAUGGCUGUGUGCUCUACAAUGACCAAAUUUUAUCUAAUGGCUCUUUUUUAUCUAAUGGUCCAAAGAAUAAGUAUGUAGUCCAUCCCUUGCUGCAGUGAUCCUGCGUCGGAGUCAUGGGGGAAUAUUUUCAAAGCAUUGCAACUGGCUUUGCCCUUGACUACUGACUUAGUCUCUUAUGGUUGAUGUGUUUUCAAGAUGAUCCCUUGGUGAUUCUGACAAGAAAUCAGUAGGAUGAAAUUAUUAAGGCUAAAAAUACCCAAUCAGCUUUAUUUCUAGAUAUCGAGAUAAGACUGAGUAGGAAUAAUGGUCUUUGUCAUAAAAUAAUGCAGAUUUUAUUAGAUUUUUUGUGAAACAAUACAAUAAUAUCUAAAGUGUUA